AUCUUCCGCCUAGAGGCGUUAGACAUAUCCUUCCACCAAAUACACCCGAGAGACGAUCGCCGUUAUGGCGGAAUUGUCCGAGGAGUCCCGAUUGCGUUACCGAUACUGAGUUUUAGUAGUGUCUAACCUUUAUUUGGUCGAUAGUGGAGGUAAACACUUGCACCGAUUCGUCUAGUUUCGCUUUGGAAGCGAACGAUUGGAGUGAUUUUAUUUUAAUUUGUCUACCAAAUUAUGUUGUUUAUGACACGGAUCUAUGUUAAAGGGAUUCCUAAUCUUGCUGAACGACAUUUGCUGGCUGUUAACGAGGUGGUCGGUACAUGCGCUUCUCUUAAAGACGAUCCGGGUUAAAUCUCCACUCCCGGUGCAUGUGAAUAAGAUGGCGGAAGGUGAUCCAUGGCGUGAUAAGGCGGAGCAUGGAGGUAUCCCACGUAACAGCGGCCUUUACAGUCGUCAAUCCAUAGUUCAGUGUGAAAAUGCCUCACUAGAGAUGUGUACUCUGAUGAACUGUCUCGGUUAUGGGCGUCCCAUCAGACAGGCACGGAGAGACGCCUACAGGGAAGGUGAUAGGCUGAUGAAUGCUAUAAGGCCUGGUAUCAUAUCGAUGAUCACUACUGGUAGCAAGGCAGAGGGGCUUACAUGCUUCUAUGAAAGUGACUGUGAUAGGAUGUUUGUUGUAGACGGCAUCAUGUGUUUAGAAAAUGGUGUUGAUUCUGACAAAUUACCAAGGGAGACUACUGUGUUUACAUUAAACACCGGCGUGUGCUACCACGGACACUCUAGGCUUAAUUUACUCGAGCGACGUGGCGACAUUAUUCCAUCAAUAAUCUGUGAUGCUCUGUGUGAAGAUGAAAAUGGGCGUGUCCUCCUGUGCAGUGCUUUAUUUGUUGAUAUUGCUAAAGACAUAACAUUUGGGCCAAACGAGAUUCGCCAUGAACGUGCAGGGCCAUCAAUGCCGAGUUCAUCAGGGCCAUAUCAUAUAGACAAUGUAUUUUCUUUACGCUGCCAUUGUCCUGUCAUACUAUCGAGAUGGGCAGAGCGAACUCGCCAUUGGCCACCACCGGAUAUCGUUCGCAAAGUCGUAACUAUGGGAUCAUUUGUGACACCUGUUGGUUUUAAGGGUAGCGAAUAUCAUCAUCUAGAAUGGAGGAUUUGUUUUAAUACUGGGGAGAAUGAACUUAUCAGCAGUCUUAAUAACACCCAGGUCUACAUUUAUGUUUUAUUGAAAAUGGUUGUUAAGGAUGUGUUAAAGCCAGUAAAGAAAGAAAUUACAUCAUACACAGUGAAAAACAUUGUAUUGUGGCUUGCGGAAAACAAUCCACAGGCACAGUUCAAUGAAAGCAGUUUGUUUUAUUGGCUUCGGGAAGGAUUGGAGAAAUUAAGAACGGCAAUAUUAAAGAUCGAACUGCCAUAUUAUAUGAUACCAGAAAGGAAUCUAAUGGCAGCAUGCGGACUGGAUGAAGGACAAAAAUGUACAUGGGUAAAUACUAUCACGGACAUGAUGAACGAAGGUUCAAAUGCAUUACUAAGAUUGCCGAGGAUACGGAAGGCAAUAAUAUCGCAUCCAGAGCCACUGAUGUGGUAUAACAAGAAGAGAGUUGAGAUGGAACUGCUGCAUUUGAAGCACUUGGACAGACAAAUGCAGUGCAUGGAUGAGAAUUUCGAGGUCAAUAGACAUGAACCUAUGCAGCAGGCGAUAUCGAGUCGUAUGGCUGAGUUAGUGAAAGAGGUCCAUACGAGGAUGAAUAGGGAAGGAAGUCGUUUGAAUGAUCUGAUAGAGAUACUACAUAUGAUGGUUAUGUAAUUGUGUUGUAAAUGCCAGUUAUUCCAUGCAAUGCAUAUUUUCAACAAUGCACUACAGAACGUAGUUAAUUUAGGGCGUCUAAACAUAACAUAUAUAUCGAGGGCUGAACGGAACGUUCAGACGUGUAUUAUUGAAUUGUUAUGUUUUGUUUGUUAACAUAAAAAACGGUCCGUACCAGUCAUUAUGUGUUCACAGUCAUUACGUACCGAGUAAAUGUAUAAAUCGGUAACUUUAUAAAUUCAUGCUUUAUUUCAGAUCAACUUUGUUAAUAAUAACUAUUAAUUGUCACCCAAUCUUAUUUGGAGUGCUCUGAAUUAAUCCAACAAAUGUGAAUACUUAUAGAAUCU